UUUAAAAGCUACGGCUUAUUUUCCUUCUUUUCUUUUUUCAUUUGCUCUUCUUUUCUCUUUUAACUUUCUCUUCUUUUUCUUUCUUUCUUCAUUUUCUCAUUUCUUCUUUUCCCUUUCUUUUCCCUAUUUUUUUGAAGGAGGGUGGUGGGAACAGACAGAUGAGGAUUAACUUCUGCAAAACGCUUAGUUAUCUGUGCAACUAAAGAAAAUAAGAAAUGUCUUGUGCAGCGUUUUUACUUCUUCCAGUAAAAACUGGAAGCUUAAAGUUAAAAUCCUGCUGAAUUGCUGCUUUUGUUUGUAGAAAAGACCUGUGAUGUUACAAAUAGCUAGUCUGCGGCUAGAAGAUGUAUGCAGUCCUUACUUAAAGCAUGUUGAUUUCAUUUUAACUAGGAAACUAAACGCAGGCAUAGGCUAUGUUUAUCCUACAAGGCAUUUCAUUAAUCUUGUUUAGCUCAACAAUACUGAGGAAGUUAAUUUUUUUUGAUGGAAAAAGAAAAUAGUUACAGCGAAGUUCAGAAAGCAAAACAAAACUAAAUGGACUUGGUUGGUUAAACGCAUCCAUUGUGUUUUCUCUCUCAUCUAAGUGGUCAUCUCCCUUUUAGAUUUGGAUCUUUCCAGAGCUCUGAACACUUGAACACCCACCAUGGAUGACUUUGAACGCCGCAGAGAACUCAGGAGGCAAAAGCGUGAGGAAAUGCGCCUUGAAGCAGAGAGGCUGUCCUACCAGAGAAAUGAUGAUGAUGAGGAAGAAGCCGCCAGGGAACGUCGCCGACGGGCUCGGCAGGAGAGACUGCGGCAAAAGGAAGAGGGAGAUCUAUCUGGAGAAGUAACAGAGAAAUCAGAAAUUAAUGCCCAAAACAGUGUGGCAGAAGAGGAAACCAAGAGUACUACAACCACAAGGGGAACAGAUGAUGAAGCUGCAUUGUUGGAGAGACUGGCAAGACGGGAGGAGAGACGUCAAAAACGCCUUCAGGAAGCCCUGGAACGUCAAAAGGAAUUUGACCCCACAAUCACAGAUGGGAGCUUGUCUCUGCCCAGCAGGAGAGAAGUAAACAAUGUGGAAGAAAAUGAGACCACAGGAAAAGAGGAAAAUGCUGAAACACGCCGAGGACGCUAUGAGAUUGAGGAAACAGAAACAGUUACCAAAUCAUACCAAAGGAACAACUGGAGGCAAGAUGCGGAAGAUGAGGGAAAAAAAGAAGAAAAAGACAAGGAAGAGGUACAGGAGGAGAAACCAAAGGAGGCCCCUGUAGAGGAAAAUCAGGUAGACGUGACAGCAGAAAAAUCCACAGAUAAAGAAGAAGUAACAGAAACAAAAAGUCUAGCUAUAAAUGCAGAGGAACACAAAGCAGAGAAUGAUACAAAUGCUGUACCAGAAGGGGAGCAGAGUGUAAGUGAUGCUGUAGAUAAAGAGAAGCUUACGGAUGAGGAAAAGGCUGAGGAAGAAAGGAAGAAAGCAGAAGAAAGGGAGAAACUUGAGGCAGAAGAAAGGGAGAGGUUAAAAUCAGAGGAGGAAAAGAAGGCAGCUGAGGAGAGGGCUAAGGCAGAAGAGGAGAAGAGGGCAGCUGAGGAGAGAGCUAAGGCAGAAGAGGAGAAGAGGGCAGCUGAGGAGAGAGCUAAAGCAGAAGAGGAAAAGAGGGCAGCUGAGGAAAGAGAGAGGGCUAAAGCAGAAGAGGAGAAGAGAGCAGCUGAGGAAAGAGAGAGGGCUAAAGCAGAAGAGGAGAAGAGAGCAGCUGAGGAAAGAGAGAGGGCUAAAGCAGAAGAGGAGAAGAGGGCAGCUGAGGAAAAGGCUAAGCUAGAAGCAGAGAAAUUAAAUGAAAAACAAAAGUUGGAAGAAAAGAAAAUAGAAGAUAAACAGGUAAAAGCGAAGAAAGCACAAGAGGAAAAACCUCAAGCAGCUUUGAUAAGAAAACAGGUAAAAGGUGACAAGGAUAAAGGAAAAGCACCCAAAGAAGAAAUUAAAAGUGUCUGGGAUCGUAAGAAGGGAGUUCCUGAACAAAAGGCACAGAAUGGAGAACGUGAACUCACUGCCCCAAAACUUAAAUCUACUGAGAAUGCUUUUGGCCGCUCCAAUUUGAAAGGGACCACAAAUGCUGAGGAGGUGAAGCUGGGGUCUCAGGUUGAGGCUGCAAAACGGCUAGAAGAUCAGCGCCGUCGCCGAGGUGAGAACAACGAGCUUGAGAAGCUGAAGGAGAAGCAGCAGGAGGCAGCAGCAGAGCUGGAUGAACUGAAGAAAAGGCGGGAGGAGCGCCGAAAAAUCCUGGAGGAAGAGGAGCAGAAAAAGAAGCAGGAGGAGGCUGAGAGAAAAGUCAGAGAGGAGGAGGAAAAGAGGAGGAUGAAGGAAGAAAUUGAAAGGAGAAGGGCUGAAGCUGCUGAGAAACGUCAAAAAAUGCCAGAAGAUGGUGUAUCUGAAGACAAGAAACCAUUUAAAUGUUUCAGUCCUAAAGGUUCAUCUCUCAAGAUAGAGGAGCGAGCAGAAUUUUUGAACAAAUCCGCUCAGAAGAGUGGUAUGAAACCCACCCAUACAACUGCAGUUGUCUCAAAAAUUGACAGUAGACUUGAGCAAUACACUAGCGCAAUUGAGGGCACAAAGGCUGCAAGACCAGCUAAGCCAGCAGCCUCUGACCUUCCAGUUCCAGCUGAGGGUGUCCGUAAUAUCAAGAGCAUGUGGGAGAAAGGGAAUGUUUUUUCAUCACCCUCUGGAACAGGAACACCAAAUAAGGAAACUGCUGGACUGAAGGUUGGUGUCUCCAGUCGUAUCAAUGAGUGGUUAACCAAGACCCCUGAGAGCAACAAAUCACCUGCUCCAAAACCUUCUGAUUUAAAACCAGGAGACGUGUCCGGCAAACGUAAUCUCUGGGAGAAGCAGUCAGUUGAAAAGCCAGCUCCUUCUUCUAAGGUAUCAGCUAUGGGGAAAAAAUCAGAGACUAAUGCAGGUUUGAGACAAUUUGAGAAAGAACCAUAGAAGGCCACUAAAGACGCUGGACCAAUCAGUUGGGGGAAAAAAGGAAAAAGUGCUAAAUUGUUCUUUUUAUAUUUAUGUUUCUUUACCAAAAUGUCUUUUUGCAUUAUCCCAGUUAAAACCAUGUAUAUUAGCACUGUAUUUAAUAAUCAGUCUAGACAUUCAUCAUAAUAGUACUGCCUUUGCACAAGAGCCUUUAUUUCUAAAGAAACCCAUGCUGUGAAAUAUAUAGACUCCUACUGAUUGUCAUAACUAUGUAUCGGAACAGUGAUUUCAACUGGCAAAAGAAGUCAACCCAAAAUGUGUGUAAAGUGAAGUUGCUUAAGAAAGGUGUGCAGUAAACCUAUAAAAACAAUGGUUACUUUUGUAAUACAGAAGUCUUUUCUUUCUGCACUUUAGACUAAGGCAUGGAAGAAAUAUCUUUAGUUGACAAUGUAAUAUUUUCUGUAAGUUGCCCAUGUCAUGAGAAAUACUGCAUCAAUAACGUAUUUUAAUUUUUUUGUUUUAUACUUUUUUUAAGUAUCAAUUUUUCCAUUCUAGUUUAAGUUAAUACUUAAAUUUGGAUGAUUAUGUUAGCUGACAGCGGUACUGAUGUUUCUUUUUGUUGUUAGUGACUAGUAAUUGAAUGCAAUUUAGAAUAUAUACCACAUAGCUUUACAAAGUUUAGCCUAAAGGCACUACUAAUGGUAGAAUGCUUUAAUACAUGCUAGAGUAUUAUAUUUAGUAAUAAACAUACAUAAUUAGCCAACAUCACAGCUUAAAAAGACAAAGACAGAAUCACACACUUUUCUAUAGUAAGAUUUCAUAAUUGCCAUUAGAGGUAUGGUGAGAUAAGUAUUAAAAAUUUUUAAAUGUCAGUUGCCCAGUAAUGGGUAAUUAAAAAGAAAGUAUAGUUUUUAAAAGAGGAAAAGGUAAGGGUAUAGAGGGUCAAAAAUAGGUCACUUGUAUAAAACGUUGUAGUUUAAUUUAUAUAAAGCUACCAUAAUGAAAAAGAAAAAAAGCCUAAACACAGUUGGAGCUUGUUUCAAAUGACUGUACACUAGAUCUUGCCAUCCAUCAGUGCCGUACACUAAGUCAACUGAAAAUGAAGUAAGCCUCUAUCUUUAUAGUGCUUCUUUUAAACUCUCUCUCCCAAAUAUCUUAUUUACAGAUGUUUUCAUUUGUAUAUAGUAAACACACAACUAUAAGACAUCAGCUUGUUUUGAAUUUACAUGCCAUGCAGUUCAGCAUUUACAUCCUACAGUAUAUGGGUGGCACAAACUGAGCAACUGAAGUAGCCCCUGAGCAUAUUGUUAACAGCUUUGUUCUGCGCCAGAACUACCAGGAUCUCCCUUUUCACCACUUCCAUCUCUUACAGCAUCUGACUCCUUCCUAAAGAAGAAUAAUGUUAUAUUUCAACCCAAAGAUGAGAUCCCCUGCUUGCUUGAAACAUCCUGUUUACGUAGAGAGAUGCAUGUAGUUUUCUGUAGGGGGUGAAACUGUGCCUGACAUUGUCUGUGAGUUGUCAUGUUUUUUGUUUGGGGGUUUUGUAAGCACUCCUCUGAGUCUUUCAAAUACAUCUGAUAGCUGCAAUAAAAAUGAUUUGUUCAAGCAAUGUAUUCUGAAACUGCAUCCACAAUAAAUGGAAUAUUUCCAUCAGCA